ACGACGAGACAGGAGCUAUCAAAGGCAAUUUGUCUGUUUUACACCUUGGGUUAUCCCAUUUCUUUUUCUUGACAUCUUCGCUUUGUAUGUCCGCCUGUCUUUGCAGCGGGUAGGGGUACGGGUUUGCGGUGCUGGUCCACAAGGAGCACGACCUUUCGAUUAUCUACCCUUUUGCAGCACCUAUCCUCGUGUGAUACAUAUAACUGCUGAGGACCUUCUACAAUAUAUGAGGUGUGUCGAGAUAGGGCCCAUAGCUUGAAAAAACUGCACUUUUUCCUUUGAUAGAAACUGAUCCUGACGCUGAGUUGGAGCGCAAGGCCAAGUGGGUGCGUUGCCUUGUGGGCGGCUGCUGUGGCUGUCUACACAUCUUUCUGUUGAUGGUCUGGACUUUGUUGAUGCUCGGUUUAACUAUCGGCAUCCCCAAGUUGGAGGACAGCGAAGUAAUUUCUGAUUUCCUCGGCAUUACGGACGACUUCGAAAAUCAACUGCCUGCUGCGUGGAAAAAGGCAAUCGGGCACCCACCUGCUACGGCCUCGUUUGCGCAACUAGCGGAACAGGAAGAUGUGGAUGUGGUCGCGAGCGAUCUCCUCGGGCAGGCUGCUGCAUCAUGGCCUGCUACGCAACAUGAUCUUCAACGCAAAAGGUUUUUGGAAGCCACUGGAGAGGCGCAAGAAGCUGAAGAUGCACAACAACCGUAUCAGGUGGCGGCGAUGACAACAAGCGCCCUGUUGCAAUUGGGCGAAAAAGCAGGGGGUGGCGCUGGAGCGCCCCCGGGCACUCCUGUUUCGAAAAAUGUCAAGGACAUCAUAGAUGCUGCGUAUGCUUGGCACGGAAAUUUACCAUAUUGCAGUCCUACUUGAAGUUCGUGCUAAGUACUCCGCGAAUCUGCUGGGGAAGGCUACAAGCAUUCUCUUCGUGCAUGAUCAGAAUUUAUUUCAGUUCCUUGUUUGUCGUCUUUCCUGCUUGUGGUAUUUCGUUUUGAGGCAAAGGCUUCUUUUUUCUGUACGAAAAGUGGCAGUUGUGAUCACUUUGACUUUGCAUAUAUCGAUGAUGGCGGGCACAGAGCAAAGUGUGUGAAAGUUUCCAAGCAUACGCGCGCGCCAUUCAAGAACGCGGCUGGGUACGUAUUCUGGGUCUAUGGUUUCUACGUGGUUUCCCCGAGCGAGUCGAACCUUCUCAUCUACGUCUUCGGCUACCUUUACGAGUCCUUCAACAAGUAUUUCGGUCCGGGCAGCUGGUUUGACAAAUCCAUUGACGUGUACAAGAGGGGCACCGAUAACCCGCCCAGCGCCAAGCCUGCGUCUUUUUUGGAGCAAGAAGAAGAACUGGGCGCCAGCUCAUCUCCCAUAAGUCACAAGGAGCUUCUUGUUGAUGAGCAGGGGAACGAGGGCCACGAAAACCAGAUGCUGCAAAUCGAGCAGCUUGACCACGCGCCGCAGCGGCAAUCAAAGUCGUACUAUGUAGACCAGGUCAAAGAUGGCAACAUUAACUUGAAAUUCGGCAAGAAAAUGCAGACAGCUGCGGGUAUCAACAUUGCUUCCAUCGUGCUUCUCUUCAUCGCAGUCGUCUGCCUGAUGCGCCUUGGAUGUUGCAGCUGCGGAGGUCCGAAGAAAUAUGGCAAGGGAUGGUGUGUCACCAUUGUCUUCUGGCUUGCGGUAUGAAUAUUUUUUUGGUUUAUUUUUUUAUUCUUGACGUUGACGGCAUUCACAUUGAAGACGUUUUUCCGGUAAAUUGACAUAUUGAAUAAGAUGAGCAUGAGUCUGCUUAACUAAAAUCAAGAUGGUGUCGCAUACUGUAUGUAACUCUCGAAAAGCAGGCAAAAUGAUCUUCAUCUUUGCCUUCCCGUCCCGUCUCAUCUUGCUGGCGUCGCUCAGGUGGUCAUAAGAGGUGGCACAACAUCACAUUCCAAUUUGAUCUCCACAACCACAACAGAUUGCAUGCGACCUGACACUGUUGAUUCUGCGGGGAUGUAUUCCCGGCUCGGUAAACGAUGUGCUAAAGCCCGUGCAGUACUCCGUGGAGAAGUCCUUGGGAGCCGUGCUCGAAAAAGUGCAGGAUCUAGAUCUUUCGGGGACGCAGUGCGUCUCCGGAUUCCAGUGGGGGCUGUACCGAUUGAUCGAAAGCGCGUCCCAAGGCGACCCCGACGCGGAGGCUGACCUGAAGCUCUUUGCAGGCGACCAGCCUGGGGCCGUGGCACAGUUGAAGGCCUCCCGGUUGGCGAGCAUCGCGGCGGCAGGCCCGGGCGCAACGGAGGAACAGGUGUAUGCUUUGUGGACGGACCCGACCGCGGCGGCCGGUCGGACUCAGCUGCCGAAUUUUCCGAUUGACGAUACCACGUGCAAGGAGGUCAAUCAGGCUCUCAAGAUUGACCUACCCGCACUGUACAGCGACGUUGUGACGCCGAUGAUCCUCAGCCCCGGGCCAGGGGCCACUAUCGCCGAAAUUCUCGGCUACGUGACCUUUUCCCUGACGAUCGUGCUGCUGCUCGUCGGCAUGUUCUGCUACGGGCAGCUGAACCCGAUGGCCGCCGCCGGGAAGAGGCGGUAAUCGUAAUUCUAUGUAUAUAGGUGAAGCUACGAAAAAAUGAUGAAUCUCGGGAUUAUAUUUUUUGCGUGGGUCUCCAGGGCUGUAAGAACUACAUUGAAGGGAUACAUCCUUCCUAGAAGACACACAACUGCGCCCGGUUCUUUUUCUUUACCUCUCACAGUUGGCAAUCCAUCAUUAUCAUCAACACGUUUUGCGUCGCCCAUGGCUGUGUCUGACAUCACAUAUUGACACUCACAUGAUAUCUAAGAGUCAGAUGUUGAACAUAAGUAGUAGCUGUAGUAGUACACGUCGACCACACUUCUGCCUCGACUACAACUUCAAAAUUAACUUUUACGUGGACACGAUGCAGUGACACCAAAUUUUGUACAUUCUUGUAGCGUUGCGUGUUGGGGUGAGUUGUAAAUAGUAAUAGUUAUAGUGUUGCUUUCUAUUUGUGCGCAUGAAUGAAGAUGACACGCAGAGCCGCUGAGUAAGUACUUAAUGUCAAUUCAUCACCGCGACAAGUAAUUUUUGCAGCUCGCCCUGAUAAACAUCACGCAACAUAAGACUCAAACACAAACUCAAUAAAGACCGCCAAUAAAUUUUGUGAACAUUCACAUUGAAUGAUUGAUGAGCUUCAGCAGAAAAACAUGAUAAAGAAUGCGAACAGAAUGAAAAGCA